GGUUUCUCGGCAAAAGCUUCCCGUGGCCAUCAAUAUUUACAAGUUGCCAAGUUUUAUCAGGAUAUCCCUCCACAUUCAAACACUUUACAGAGUUUGAAAGAGCCCUAAUUGCGACCUUCGGUCUUUCAUAUAUAUCCCAGAAUUGGGAUACACAGAAAGUCCACAAGAGCGUGAAUCGUGCAAGAUUUGCCAUUUCUUCCCUUCUUAGAUAUUCGCUAGGGAAAUCAUGGAUCGACAAACAAGAAUCAAUGAAGCCAAGCAGGAAAUAGAGGCCAUGUUCGAUGGCUUGGAUGACCGCGAUGCGGCUGAUCUGGUUAAAAUCUGCCAGAAAGCAAUCGAAACUAUCGAGAUGAGAUAUGCAAAGAAACUCAAAGUCUUCACAGAGUUCUACAAGCCACUGCCUGUCAGCGACACCGCUGAAAACAACUCUGCUGAAAACACGCAGAAGAUAGUCAAAAAGUACUACCAGCUUUAUCAGACACUCCCCGCUUUGAAGAAAUUGCAAGAUUUGGAUCAAAAAAGAAAAACCACAAAAAAUGAGUUUGACUUUCAAGUAAUGAUUGCUGAACGAAAGGAACAGCUUGAAGACUCGAAGAACGAAAUCUAGAUACAGGAUACCAACUUAUCAAGGGCAGAAUUGGGAUUGUUACCCAGUAUCCUGGAGUUUGUUUCUUGGAAUAUCGACACUGAUUUCACUAGCUCUGAAAAUGUGGUGAAUAAGAAAUAGGUGUUGCCACAAAGGACAUGUAGUCAUAGUUAGUGAUUUCAGGGUGAUGGAUUAGGCACAAGAAGAAACAAUGAUCGGGCAUUCUACUCAACUAAAGCAUUGAUCGUUCUCAAUAGGCGCCGGGGAACGGAUUAAUCGGGGGACCAGUUCUGAAUAAGAAAAGUAAUUGAGGUUUCAUUACUAAUGUGCCACAUCGCCAUGUAUAUAACAACAUCCCUGAUUGAUGUGAACUUGAAUGAUUUUGAUAAGGCUA